AUGUCAAGUGUCAUAACAUCAUUACUGGGUCAUCGUAUACGUACAUGUACAAUUCUUGCUAGAAUAUCAGCAAGAGGUUCAUUGACAAGUCUGCGACACUAUUCGUCAUCAAUAGAGACAGAUUUCCCACUGCACACAUUCCAUCACGCUGUUGACGAAGAGUUAGAACUGUUCACUGACAGGUUAGAGUCAAUGUUUCAGACACUGGACGACAUUGAUGGCAUUGACAUUGAGACAUCCGACGGCGUGUUGACACUCAAGCUUGGCUCGUUGGGCACCUAUGUCAUCAACAAACAGACACCCAAUCGUCAGAUAUGGUGGUCAUCACCUGUGAGUGGACCAAAGCGAUUCGAUUACGAUAUGAGCGAAAAGCGAUGGGUGGACAACCUCGAUGGCACACCUCUACGACAACUGCUGCAGUCAGAGAUCACGCAGUUAUGUAAAUACAGCAUUGAUCUCUCCAGUCAUUAA